AUGCCAAAGCAUGAUUCAAUACGCUACGAUGUACCGAUCACGACUAAACCAUUAAAAAGUGCACAUCAUUGUCGAUAUUUGAAAGAAUUUGCAGCGGCGAUUAGUGCUCCAGUGAGAUGCAUAAAUUCUGGACAACGAGAUUCAACAGAAAUAAAGAAUGAUCUAUUAUAUCUUGUCAUUGAAUUGCAAGAUCUCAAUGAACAAAUUCAUUGUUCAAAAAUUGUCGUCCCAGAACAAACAAGGGCAACGAAUGAAAUAUUGAUAAAGCAUAAUGAUCUGAAAUGUUUAAGAUUUGAUCUAUGCCCUCCAAAAUAUGAAUAUGAUCUGGAGACGAGACGAAUCUACUCAAAAAUAACAAGAGAGGAACAUCAACAUUUAAAAGAAGAGUAA